AUGUCAUCCGAAAUAUUUGAUUCUGCACCAUUUUAUAUCUGUACGGCUCGUCAACGACCAGAUUUACUCAAGAGCCUUGAUCAGCCAGAUCAUCCAUUGAACCUUCUCUGGCCAAAUUUUCUCGACCAGGAUCCCAUAUUUCAAUUGUUUGUCCCGGCUUUGACUCAAAUUGACUACUUCGCACAGUAUCAAUUCCUCGCUGUCGAGAAGUGCGAUGUGACGAACGAAGAGCAAGUUAUUGGAAUGGCCCGAUCCAUUCCAUUUUUCUGGCUCGAAAUUUCGAACUUGUGCCCAGUUUCCCGUUUGUCUGAUCAUACCAAGCUACUCCACACUCUCCCAGAAGGUGGCUACGAUGCUAUUCUUUCACGAGGAAUCCAACAACACCUCGCCCAAGAGGGUCUAUGCGACCCACUGGGUUCGCCAACUCUUGACCCACCGAAUGCUCUUUCCGCUUUGUCGGUUGCAGUCAGAAAGGAUCGGCGGAAGAGCGGUCUGGCCGAGAUAUUCAUCCGCACCAUGAAACAGGUCGCCAUUGAUCAAGGUUUAUCCGCCAUGGUAGUACCCUUGCGGCCUACGUCGAAGCCAAGUCAUCCAAAGACGAGCUUGGCUGAGUAUGUGAGAUGGACCAAGGGAGCGAGCUACUUUGCAGAAGGUUGUCCUCCGGAUAUUUCCAAUAUCAGUAGCAGCAUCAACAGCCAACAACAAGAUCCUGAACAUGUUUUUGAUCCUUGGCUCCGGAAACACCUCCGGCUUGGUGGCCAAAUGGUCAAAGUGGCUCACCGGAGUAUGAGGGUCCGCGGUAGCGCCGAACAAUGGAGCAAUUGGACUGGAGUCGAUUUCAAGGGACAUGCCCUCCAACAUCGUUGCUGUGAUGACUCCGGUGUUGUGGAGGUUAACGUUCCCGGUGGCUUGGUCCCGGUGAAAUACGAUUACCGAACCGAUGUCGGGAUCUAUGUGGAGCCUAAUAUUUGGAUUUACCAUGAUCUGAAGAGCUGA